AAGGCAUAUCUAAGACGGUAUUCUACGUGAACAGAGCAAAAUGAAAAAUCUUUUUUUUAUUGGUUUACUAAAUUUCGUUGUUUUUAAUGACGCUCGCUAUUAUCCUGCAUACCUCUGGCCUGAAAAACUAAAACAAAAUUCAAAAUCACGUUAUGAAGAUGAACCAUUGCCUGAACCUGUACCACAAGAAAAUAUAGACAAUAUUUUUCCAAAUGAUGUUCUCGCACAAAAAUUUCAAACAGGUACUUGGAUGCGAGAUGAUGAAUAUUUGAAUGAUCAACAUGUGCGUAAUUUAAACCCAAGAGCUUCUUGUACAGGAUGCACAGCUCUGGAACAGGAUGAUAUUUUUUUAAAUGAUGAAACCGUGCGUCAAUCUAAUCCUAGAGCUUGGAUGGAGCAAGAUAAUGUUUUUUCAAAUCAUGAAACCAAGCGUCAAUUUAACCCUAGAGCUUGGAUGGAACAAGAUAAUGAUUUUUCAAAUGAUGAAACCAUGUAUCAAUUUAACCCUAGAGCUUGGAUGGAACAAGAUAAUGUUUUUUCAAAUAAUGAAACCAUGCGUCAAUCUGAUCCAAGAGCCUGGAUGGAAAGUAAUGAUUUUUCUAAUGAUGAGCGUCAGCCUUUUAUUCAUAACGUUCCAGAUGAAACAAGUCCAAAUCACGAUUUCCAAAAACUUUAUGAUGAAUCUCCAUUAUCUGAACAAAGGUUAACAGAGGAAGACGAUGUUUUUUCUAGCGAUGCAAAAAAGGGUUCAUCAAAAUCAACUGGUGGUAGCGGAAAUUCAAAUUCAAAAUCCGAUUCGAAUAAAGGUGGACGCACACACUAGUAAUAGAAAUAAAUUCAACGUUUUGAAAGUUCCAGAAAAAUAAAUUUAAAUGCAACAAUACAUUUUACUUUUUAUUAAUAAUUUUUUUUUAUUUUUAAAUUUAAUUAAUUGAUUUAUAAACUGCAAGUUAUGACAUAAGAAAUGCCGUGAGAAUGUGUAAA